AUGGAGGCCGCAGCAUUGAAGACGUGGGGUAAGUCUAUCCGAUACAGAGUCCACGAAAUCAUCCCCAAACACCCCGCAAUGCCCCGCCACAGCACCACAGAUACUAACAAACACGCAGAGCUCGAGAACUCGGUCAAGCUCGUCGACCCGACCAAAGAUGCCCUCUACUCGUACUCCUCCUCAGCCCAGAAGUCCAUGGACGAGGCCCACCCAUGGCGCACCGACCCGCACUACUUCACCUCGGUGCGCGUCUCCGCCGUCGCCAUGCUCAAGAUGGUCAUGCACGCGCGCUCCGGCGGCUCUCUCGAAGUCAUGGGCCUGAUGAUGGGCAAGAUCGAAGCACACACAUUCGUCGUCACCGACGCCUUCCGCCUGCCCGUCGAGGGCACCGAGACCCGCGUCAAUGCGCAGGACGAGGCGAACGAGUACAUGGUUGAGUUCUUGCAGCGCGCACGAGACCAGGGCCAGAUGGAUAAUGCGGUCGGCUGGUACCAUUCCCAUCCGGGCUAUGGGUGCUGGUUGUCCGGCAUCGAUGUCAAUACGCAGAAGACGCAGCAGCAGUUCUCGGACCCCUUCUGCGCCAUCGUCAUUGAUCCUGAUCGCACUGUCAGCGCGGGCAAGGUUGAAAUUGGCGCGUUCCGAACGUUCCCAGCGGCGUAUAUCGAGGAGCAGGAAAAGGUCACGAGCAAGACCGGUGGUGGCGGGGCUGAUGGUGAUGGGUUCCAGACGAUUCCGCUGGGCAAGAUUGAGGACUUUGGCGCUCACGCUGCGCACUACUAUUCGCUUGAAGUCUCCCACUACAAGUCCUCGCUCGACGCCAAGAUCCUAGAAGCCCUGUGGAACAAAUACUGGGUACAGACUUUGUCCUCGUCACCGCUGAUUUCGAACCGCGACUACGGCACCAACCAGAUUAGCGAUUUGGCGCGCAAGAUACAACAAGAGACGAGCAGCAGCAAGCGGUACAAGACCAUGACAGCGGGCACUGGAAACGAGAAGGACCAGCUCGCUAAGCUAGGUGCGGCGGGUAGCAAGAUUGCGCGGGAGGAGGACAUGGGCUUGUUGGCGGCCAAGGUCAAGGACCAGGUGUUUAACCUCAAGGGCGGCGCUCAAGAGCCUGUCAGCCAGGAGGUCGAGAUGAAGAGCUGA